UAGAAGGCUGUUCCUUUAAGACCACGAGCAGGAGGACGGCAGCCGCGUGCACGCUGCGGAGGGGCAUCUUCGGGCGGCUCCUCCGGGCAGGAGGCGGGCGCGGGCUGCCGGCAGCUGGGCUCCUUCUCUCUCUGUGGCUCCGGCGCUGGGGCCGGCGGGGGGGCGCGCACCGGGACUUCGUGCGCGAAGCCGGGGCGCCAGGGCGAGCACGUCUGUUCUUUGGGCUCCUGGCUCCCCGCGGGCUGCUUUUAUGGAGAGACUCAGUCCUAAACACAUGAUGUCACCGGGUGGAGGGUGGCGGGAGAACGCCCUGCCUACGGGAGGUCUGGCGCCCCAGUUCCAAGGGUGUCAGAGGGGGGAAAACUCACACAGAAAUGAACGGAAUGACCAAACUUCUAAAACAUUGAAGCUGAAUAUCAAGCCUCCCCAUCCCACUCCCCAGCAAGCAGCACAUACCUAACCAGCUUAAGACCCCAACUCUGGGAUCCCUCCCUGCCAGAGGCUUCCUGAGGCCUGUGUAACUGAACAUGUUUGGAUUUGCCUUGCCAUCAGCAGAUGAGGCUGCUGUCAGCUAAUAAAUAGCUCAUUACUCAGUGGAUUAAGGUAGAAAGUGGACCUUCAGCGCUCAAAAGAUGGCACCAGGCCAACAAAUGACAUGCCCAGAUGGAAGGCCCCAGGGAGCAGAGCUUCUCUAAAAUGUUGCCAUCUGGAUCAACAGGAGGGCGAGGCUGCUGAGUCAAAGGGCAGAGGAGUGUGGAGGAAAGGAACACCGGAUUCGGUGUCAGGAAGUCUAGACUGAAGGGCCUGCCCCACCACUUACUGGAUGGCCUUGACAGUGAUGCACCCUCCCUGAACUUCAGUAUCCUGGUCGUCUCUAAAGUGCAGAUUGUCAUCCCGGCCACUGGGGCAUUGAGAGAAUUGAUAUAUGGCUGGAACGAGAUAAGUGUGCCGGUCCAACAAAAGCCCCUGGGUCUGUUUGACUUGUUCAAGUGUCCACUGUGGAAGGUAUGUGAAUGGCCAUGCAAAAAAACAUUAUGAAGAUGCACAAAUACCCUUAACCAACCAUAAGAAAUCAGAAAAGCAAGAAAAAGCUCAGCACACAGUGUGUAUGGAUUGCAGUAGCUACAGUACAUACUGUUAUCGCUGUGAUGAUUUUGUGAUUAAUGACACCAAGCUGGGACUGGUACAGAAAGUCAGAGAACACUUACAGAACUUGGAAAACUCAGCUUUCACAGCUGACAGGCAUAGGAAAAGAAAACUUUUGGAAAACUCAUCACUGAACAGCAAGUUACUAAAAGUAAAUGGAAGCACCACUGCCAUUUGUGCCACAGGCCUUCGGAAUUUGGGGAACACGUGUUUCAUGAACGCCAUCCUUCAGUCACUCAGUAACAUUGAGCAGUUUUGCUGUUAUUUCAAAGAACUGCCUGCUGUGGAGUUAAGGAAUGGGAAGACAGCAGGAAGGCGAACGUACCACACCAGGAGCCAGGGGGACAACAAUGUGUCUUUGGUGGAAGAGUUUAGAAAGACACUCUGUGCAUUAUGGCAAGGUAGCCAGACUGCAUUUAGCCCAGAGUCCUUAUUUUAUGUUGUUUGGAAGAUUAUGCCGAAUUUUAGGGGCUAUCAGCAGCAGGACGCUCAUGAGUUCAUGCGCUACCUGUUAGACCACCUGCACUUGGAACUCCAGGGCGGUUUCAACGGUAUUUCCCGCUCAUCAAUUCUGCAAGAGAAUUCUACUCUGUCUGCAAGUAACAAAUGUUGCAUAAAUGGAGCAUCUACAGUUGUCACGGCUAUAUUCGGAGGCAUUCUCCAAAAUGAGGUUAACUGCCUCAUAUGUGGGACAGAAUCUAGAAAGUUUGAUCCAUUCCUAGACCUUUCAUUAGAUAUUCCAAGUCAGUUCAGAAAUAAGCGCUCUAAGAAUCAAGAAAAUGGACCAGUUUGUUCAUUACGAGAUUGUCUUCGCAGUUUUACCGACUUAGAAGAACUUGAUGAGACAGAGUUAUAUAUGUGCCACAAGUGCAAGAAGAAACAAAAGUCCACUAAAAAGUUUUGGAUUCAGAAACUACCCAAGGUGCUAUGCUUACAUUUGAAAAGAUUUCAUUGGACAGCAUAUUUAAGAAACAAAGUUGAUACAUAUGUAGAAUUUCCCCUGCGAGGCCUAGACAUGAAAUGCUACUUACUAGAGCCCGAGAACAGUGGCCCGGAGAACUGCCUCUACGACCUUGCUGCUGUGGUGGUGCACCAUGGUUCCGGGGUCGGUUCUGGACAUUACACAGCAUAUGCAACUCACGAAGGUCGCUGGUUCCAUUUCAAUGACAGUACUGUAACACUGACAGACGAAGACACCGUCGUGAAGGCCAAGGCCUACAUCCUGUUUUAUGUGGAACGCCAGGCCAAAGCUGGGUCGGAUAAACUUUAAUACCUCCUCCAAAUCAUUAUUCGUCAACUAUACCGGACAAACAUUUCCAAUUUUCCAUAAAUACUUGAUCCAAGAUUUAAUUUCAUUA